AUGAUGCCCCGGCAACCCUAUGCGCCAACGCCGCAUAGCUAUAUCCCAAACACCACACUAUCAGCAACAAUUAAUCUUGAUGAGGAAGUGAAGCUAGCCGAUACUCGCGCCGAGCGAGACCUGCAAGACUCGCUUGCCGAGAUCUUCAGCAUCAUAGUCACUCUCGACGAGCUCGAGAAGGCCUUCCUGAAGGACGCCAUCCCCGAGGCUGAUUACACCGAGAUCUGCGAACGGUCCCUGAAGCAAUACAAAUCUAUCUUGGCCGACGAGACCGUUGCAAAGGCUUUCCGGGGCCUCGAGGAGUUCAAAGCAGAAUGGGAUCUCGAAGUUCCCCGUGCGACAGAGCGCAUCCGCGUCGGCAUGCCUUCAACAACCGUGACCGCCUCUUCAAGCGCUGCCCCAGCCCCUACCGCUGCAGGUAAUACGAGCGGCGCACUGAUUUUGGAGGCGACGCAAGAGUUCAUCACCUUUCUCGACGCCGUCAAGCUAGGCCUGCUGUCCAAAGACCAGCUGCAUCCUCUGCUCUCCGACGUCAUCCAGUCUGUCAACAAGGUGACAGACCGUGACUUCGACAACAGGGGCAAGAUUGUGCAGUGGCUUAUCACGUUAAACCAGAUGAAGGCCACAGAUGAGCUGAGCGAGCAACAAGCCCGCGAGCUAGAGAUGGACAUCCAGCAGGCUUACCAAGGUUUCAAGAGCACUCUCACUUAA